UUCGCGAUCGAAUGGUACACCAUUUGGCCGCGACCCGCGUAGACCCUUUUCACCGACAAUAAGCCGUGUUUUCUUCGCUCUGCGACCAGGGACUCCAUAAACAGCGAUGGCAGACCCGCUGAGUUUGCUCCGGCAACACAAUGUCAGCAAGAAACAGAUCAUCGAGGAGGAGGAUAGGAUCGUGUUCGGGGAGUAUGCGUUUCCGAAGAACGUCAAAACAAACUACAUCGAAUACGGAACGGGGAAGGACGGUAAUGAGAAGCAGUACUACUCGCUCGUCACACUGCUCCAUCUCCUGAAACAUGUGAACCUUACCCACGGAGAGUACGUUCGGAAGACAGCGGGGAAAAAUGUUCAAGUGGUCCGUCGUCCCGACAGGAAAGAUAUUCUGUCAUAUUUGAAUGGUGAAACGAGCCAUUCGAAUUCGAUCGACAAGUCGGCUCCACCUGUUGUUCCCAUUACCCUGAAACGGACCGCCACCGAUAUCAGAGGUCAGGAUGCCGCAAAGAAGCCUCGAAUCGAAGAAGCUGAGGUGCGGAAAGCGAAAGAACAGUUCCAAGCGAGGCUCGAUGCUCCGAAAGAGGACGCCAUCACCACAGAGAACAUCUCGUCCCUCAGUGACAAACUCUCUGCCGAAAAAAUCGCUGCCAUUAAGGCCAAGCGAUCCGCGAAGAAGAAAAACACCAUCAAGAUCGGCGACGAUGACCUGGACCCAUUGCCCUCAGACAUGCAGCACAUGCUCGACUCAGAAAAAGAGCAGACAACGGUGAUUUUGUCGAGAGAACGAGUCUGGAGGAAUCGUACGACGAUCCUGCAGGCGAACGGGAAGAACUUCGCGAAGAGCGUGUUCCCGAUCCUCCACUCGAUACAUGCCCGCGAACAAGGCAGCAUGAACAUCAAGAAACCCCUGGUGACACAAACCCCUCAAGCUGUCAGACAGAUACCGCCUCAACCAACCACCUACAGUCGUUACGACCAGGAACGUUUCGAGAAGCGACAAGAAACUGAGGGCUUCAAAAUCGACACCAUGGGUUCAUACCAUGGCAUGACGCUCAAAUCGGUGACCGAGGGUAGCAAACCCCAGAGACCCUCAAUGCCACCCCCGUCGCCUGCGCCGCGGAGCGCGAAUGGGAACCGUAAAAGAGUCUCUAGGACUCCCAUCAUAAUUAUUCCACCCGCCACAACAUCCUUGAUCACAAUGCUGAACGCAAAGGAUAUCCUAGAAGAUCUCAAAUUUGUCAGCUCGGACGAGAAAAAGAAACAAGGAGCUCGUCGGGAACAGGCCGUCAUAAUUCAACAUCGUCGUCAGGGAACAAAUUUAAGCCAGCCUUACAAAAUUAUAGACGAUCCUAGACACUUACGACCUGAAGACUGGGACCGCGUGGCUGCAGUUUUCGUUCAAGGACCAACGUGGCAGUUCAAAAAUUGGCCUUGGGGAGGGAAUCCCGUGGACAUUUUUGCGCGCAUUCGCGCCUUCCAUAUGAAAUGGGACGAAGAAUCUCUGGACUCCAACGUCGAGAAGUGGUCCGUCACAGUCAUCCAGCUAUCCAAAUACAAGCGACAUCUCGACAGAGCUAAUCUGCUUCAUUUCUGGGAAAUUCUCGACCGGACAAUGCCCACCAAAUAAAAUGAACCUGUAGAUCGACUUUGAGUGUAAUAAAGAAGACAGUCGUCACGUAAA